AUAUCUAGUAAUUUUUUUAGACGAAUCGGAAGCGAUGUAUCGAAGAAUUCUUUGGUUUUAAAAAAAGGAGAAAGUAUCAAACAUUUCUCUCUUGGAGUUUUAGCCAUGUUAGGAAAAACAAAUAUUUUGGUUUAUAAACGCCCUUCUAUAGGAGUCAUAUCAAUUGGCAAUUAUAUUUGUGAACCUAAAGAAGAACUAGCCCCUGGCAAAAUCAGAGAUGCAAAUAGAUUCACCUUAAUUAAUUUGCUUAAAAAUGUCCAUUAUGAAGCAAACGAUUGUGGUAUAGCUUAAGACAAUCCUGAUGCAAUAAAGCAAACUCUUGAACAAAGUUUUACUUGUAACGAUGUUAUUAUAACGAACAGUUCAAUGGGAGAAUUGGACAUGUUGAAACGGGUCCUCGUUGAGGAUUUUCAAGCUACUAUACAUUUUUCCAGAGUAAACAUGAAACCCGGAAAAUACACGACCUUUGCGACACUUAUGUAUAAUGAAACAUUGAAAAUCGUGUUUGGCCUAACGGGUAAUCCAUCUUCCUGUGCAAUAACUUGUAUAUUAUUCGUUAUUCCUGCUCUACGUUUAAUGGAAAAAUCUCUCUACGAACGUUUUCUACCUAUUUCUAUAUCACCAAGUGCAUUUAAG